AUGCGAAGGCAAGGAGAAAAAGGCGAUGCGAAGGCAAGGAGAAAAAGGCGAUGCGAAGGCAAGGAGAAAAAGGCGAUGCGAAGGCAAGGAGAAAAAGGCGAUGCGAAGGCAAGGAGAAAAAGGCGAUGCGAAGGCAAGGAGAAAAAGGCGAUGCGAAGGCAAGGAGAAAAAGGCGAUGCGAAGGCAAGGAGAAAAAGGCGAUGCGAAGGCAAGGAGAAAAAGGCGAUGCGAAGGCAAGGAGAAAAAGGCGAUGCGAAGGCAAGGAGAAAAAGGCGAUGCGAAGGCAAGGAGAAAAAGGCGAUGCGAAGGCAAGGAGAAAAAGGCAAUGCGAAGGCAAGGAGAAAAAGGCAAUGCGAAGGCAAGGAGAAAAAGGCAAUGCGAAGGCAAGGAGAAAAAGGCAAUGCGAAGGCAAGGAGAAAAAGGCAAUGCGAAGGCAAGGAGAAAAAGGCAAUGCGAAGGCAAGGAGAAAAAGGCAAUGCGAAGGCAAGGAGAAAAAGGCAAUGCGAAGGCAAGGAGAAAAAGGCAAUGCGAAGGCAAGGAGAAAAAGGCAAUGCGAAGGCAAGGAGAAAAAGGCAAUGCGAAGGCAAGGAGAAAAAGGCAAUGCGAAGGCAAGGAGAAAAAGGCAAUGCGAAGGCAAGGAGAAAAAGGCAAUGCGAAGGCAAGGAGAAAAAGGCAAUGCGAAGGCAAGGAGAAAAAGGCAAUGCGAAGGCAAGGAGAAAAAGGCAAUGCGAAGGCAAGGAGAAAAAGGCAAUGCGAAGGCAAGGAGAAAAAGGCAAUGCGAAGGCAAGGAGAAAAAGGCAAUGCGAAGGCAAGGAGAAAAAGGCAAUGCGAAGGCAAGGAGAAAAAGGCAAUGCGAAGGCAAGGAGAAAAAGGCAAUGCGAAGGCAAGGAGAAAAAGGCAAUGCGAAGGCAAGGAGAAAAAGGCAAUGCGAAGGCAAGGAGAAAAAGGCAAUGCGAAGGCAAGGAGAAAAAGGCAAUGCGAAGGCAAGGAGAAAAAGGCAAUGCGAAGGCAAGGAGAAAAAGGCAAUGCGAAGGCAAGGAGAAAAAGGCAAUGCGAAGGCAAGGAGAAAAAGGCAAUGCGAAGGCAAGGAGAAAAAGGCAAUGCGAAGGCAAGGAGAAAAAGGCAAUGCGAAGGCAAGGAGAAAAAGGCAAUGCGAAGGCAAGGAGAAAAAGGCAAUGCGAAGGCAAGGAGAAAAAGGCAAUGCGAAGGCAAGGAGAAAAAGGCAAUGCGAAGGCAAGGAGAAAAAGGCAAUGCGAAGGCAAGGAGAAAAAGGCAAUGCGAAGGCAAGGAGAAAAAGGCAAUGCGAAGGCAAGGAGAAAAAGGCAAUGCGAAGGCAAGGAGAAAAAGGCAAUGCGAAGGCAAGGAGAAAAAGGCAAUGCGAAGGCAAGGAGAAAAAGGCAAUGCGAAGGCAAGGAGAAAAAGGCAAUGCGAAGGCAAGGAGAAAAAGGCAAUGCGAAGGCAAGGAGAAAAAGGCAAUGCGAAGGCAAGGAGAAAAAGGCAAUGCGAAGGCAAGGAGAAAAAGGCAAUGCGAAGGCAAGGAGAAAAAGGCAAUGCGAAGGCAAGGAGAAAAAGGCAAUGCGAAGGCAAGGAGAAAAAGGCAAUGCGAAGGCAAGGAGAAAAAGGCAAUGCGAAGGCAAGGAGAAAAAGGCAAUGCGAAGGCAAGGAGAAAAAGGCAAUGCGAAGGCAAGGAGAAAAAGGCAAUGCGAAGGCAAGGAGAAAAAGGCAAUGCGAAGGCAAGGAGAAAAAGGCAAUGCGAAGGCAAGGAGAAAAAGGCAAUGCGAAGGCAAGGAGAAAAAGGCAAUGCGAAGGCAAGGAGAAAAAGGCAAUGCGAAGGCAAGGAGAAAAAGGCAAUGCGAAGGCAAGGAGAAAAAGGCAAUGCGAAGGCAAGGAGAAAAAGGCAAUGCGAAGGCAAGGAGAAAAAGGCAAUGCGAAGGCAAGGAGAAAAAGGCAAUGCGAAGGCAAGGAGAAAAAGGCAAUGCGAAGGCAAGGAGAAAAAGGCAAUGCGAAGGCAAGGAGAAAAAGGCAAUGCGAAGGCAAGGAGAAAAAGGCAAUGCGAAGGCAAGGAGAAAAAGGCAAUGCGAAGGCAAGGAGAAAAAGGCAAUGCGAAGGCAAGGAGAAAAAGGCAAUGCGAAGGCAAGGAGAAAAAGGCAAUGCGAAGGCAAGGAGAAAAAGGCAAUGCGAAGGCAAGGAGAAAAAGGCAAUGCGAAGGCAAGGAGAAAAAGGCAAUGCGAAGGCAAGGAGAAAAAGGCAAUGCGAAGGCAAGGAGAAAAAGGCAAUGCGAAGGCAAGGAGAAAAAGGCAAUGCGAAGGCAAGGAGAAAAAGGCAAUGCGAAGGCAAGGAGAAAAAGGCAAUGCGAAGGCAAGGAGAAAAAAGGCAAUGCGAAGGCAAGGAGAAAAAGGCAAUGCGAAGGCAAGGAGAAAAAAGGCAAUGAGAAGGCAAGGAGGAAAAGGCAAUGAGAAGGCAAGGAGGAAAAGGCAAUGA